AUGGAUACUAUAUCAAAUGAGCAGUUCUGCACUCUAUCCAUGGUGUGCUGGAAUAUUUGGAACUUAAGAAACAACAUUGUGUGGAAAAAUCAGCCCUUAGAGCCAACAGUUAGUCUCAUUCUUAAGUCACGGACCUACUAUGCAGUCUGGAAAGAGGUUACUAUAGAGGUGCACCGUCCCAAAAACAAUGUCGUACAUUUGGAUCAUUGGAGCAAGCCGCGACAGGGAUAUUUGAAACUCAAUGUUGAUGCAGCGAUAAAUGUUAAUGAUGGCCGCAUGGGUUUAGGGUGUGUCUUAAGAGAUCAUCAAGGGAAUUUUGUUGCAGCUAAGGGAGCUCAUUGGAGAGGCAUUUUCAAUUCUAAAGAGGCUAAAGUCGUGGCCAUCUGA